AAAGUUACAUCUCAAAUCUCAAUGUGGUAAAAUAAUUUUUACCGCGGUGGUUUUCUAAUUUCUUUAGCAUUUUUAAUUAAAAUAAUAUAUAGUAUAUAAUAAAAUACUGAUAUAUUUCUUUUAAAAUGAAAGAUAAAACUAAUAUCUUAGAAUUAUUUGCUUGUGCAAAAAAUAGAGAAACUUACCUUAAAGUUUGUGCACCUAUGGUAAGGUACAGUAAGGUGCAAUUUAGGAAGCUCGUCAAAACGUAUGAUGUGGAUUUAACUUUUACCCCAAUGAUUUUGGCAAACUCUUUUUGUCAAAAUUCAAAGGCAAGAUCAAAUGAAUUUGUAACUACGUCUGAUGAUACUCCAUUAGUAGUGCAAUUUGCGGCAAAUAAUGUAAACGAUUUUCUAGAUGCCUCUAAAUUAGUUUAUCAAUAUGCGGAUGGUGUUGAUUUGAACUGUGGCUGCCCACAACGAUGGGCUAUAAAAGAUGGUUAUGGCACAUCAUUACUAUCUAAACCAGAAGUAAUUCAUGACUUAGUAAGAUGUGUUAAGAAUAGUCUGCCACAUGACUUUACUGUUUCUGUAAAAAUAAGGAUAAUGAACGAGUUAAAAAAUACAAUAACAAUGUGUCAACAACUUGAGAAAUGUGGAGUAGACUUUCUCACGGUUCACGGUCGGACUCCCACACAGAAAAAUGGUGAACCAAUUAAUGUAGAGUCUAUGAAAGCUGUUUCAAAUGCCCUAAGCAUACCAUUUAUAGCAAACGGUGGAGUUAAAACAUUGGAUGAGGCUGAUCGAUUGUAUGAUGUUUUAAAAUGUGGUGGAGUUAUGUCGGCAAGUGGUAUCCUCAGUAAUCCAGCAAUGUUUAGUGGAGCAACAAUAACUCCCAUGAGUUGCAUAAUGGCUUGGAUGAACUUGAAAAACAUAAGUGGAAAUAAAAUAAGCUUUCAAUGUUACCAUCAUCAUUUAGUAUUUAUGCUAGAAAAAUUAUUAAGCAAAAAACAGAAACAGGUUUUCAACUACCUUAGUACUUUCAAGGAGGUUGAUGAUUAUAUAUUGACUCAUAUACUUGAUACUGAUGUUUUAGAAAACAAACAUUCAAUUGGUGACUUUAUUUCUUGUGAUUUUGAUGAGAGCAUCACAAGUAAGCAUGGAAAGAAAUGCAGGGGAUGUGGGCUGAGUGUAUAUUAUUGUUCAUGUAAUAAUUAUAAUUAUGAAUCUAGGGAUGGCAACUUUUUCAGCUCUUAUGUUAAUACAAAUGAUGAUGUUGACUAUAUGGAUAGUAAUAUAUUCGAAGAAAAAAUAUUAUAGCUAUUAAACACA